AUGCCUCCCAAGCGAGGUCUCCCCAGUGAGACUUCGUCCGACAUCAAUGAGCCACCUGCCAAAAGACCGGACAAUUCUCACUCGGCCAUUCUCUCACCGCCCUCGAGCUUAAAGAGCGACGAUAAAAAGUACACCUGCGAGUUCCCGGGAUGUACAAAGGCAUUUAAUCGACCCUCGAGAUUGACGGCCCACCAACGAUCCCAUACCGGAGAACGACCUUUCAUAUGCCAGGUGGAUGGCUGCGACAAGUCGUACAUGGAGGAGAAACAUCUCCAGCAACAUAUCAAGGGAACCCACGAGGAUUACCGUCCUUUCGUUUGCUCCCAUUGCGGAAAAUCCUUUGGUACGAGCACUCGUCUUCAACGCCACGAGGCCAUCCAUGCUCGCCGCGACAACCAGCUCCGGUGCUCUGAGUUCCCCCCUUGCGACCGACUCUUCAAGCAGCAAUCUGCCCUAGAACGCCACAUUCGAAGCGACCAUCUAGGCUUGAAGCCAUACGUCUGCAAGGAACCCGAUUGCGACGCUUCAUACGAUUCGGCGGGCGCUCUCCGGAACCAUAUGAACCGAGAGCAUGCAGAGAACAAGUUUUGGUGUGAAGAGUGCCCACGGCCCCCGGGUACGGCCCCGACUGUCGGUUUCACGAGCAAAUCGCUGCUUCAGGCUCACAUGCGUAAUGAGCAUAUGAACUGUAUCUUCUGUGCCUUCAGGUGCAAUUCCAAAUACGAUUUGAACAGGCAUAUCGAAGUCCACCACAGCGGGAUGACGGCCGACGAUAGGAAGAAUUUCGAGUGCACCUGGGAGGGUUGCGACAAGAGGUUCACCAAGAGGUCUAACCUCAACGUCCAUGUUCGCGUGGCCCAUGAGGGCCUCCGGUUCACCUGUGGACGCGUGGACCUUACUAAAUCCGACGGUCUUGAGCAGUGGCCGAUCCAAGCUGGGUGCGGUCGUGAUUUCGCCAGCAAGGCCAACCUCGAGGAUCAUGUGAGGCACGUCCAUCUUGGCUUGGAACGUCAGCAGCGACCUUGCCGGCGUGCUGAAGCAAUCAUGACCGCCCCUACGGAUUUCUUGGACGAACUGUCGGGAGCUACAGAUGCCGAGAGGCGAAGCCUUGAGUGCACUUAUCCUGGCUGCACACAGAGGUUCAUUCGAUAUCAUGAUCUCCAACUUCACCUGCCAAGUCAUGAUGUACCUGAAAUUAAUGUUAUGCCGGAAGUUCAAACCAUUGAAACCGUCCAAGAUGCAGUCGCUGUCAUUCAAAACGUGGCCAUGGAUUUCCACCAGCCUAUUCCUACAGACGCCGUCGAUAUGUUGAACGUGCCCGCUAUACCCAUGGACCCUGUCGUCCAUAACGCCCCGGACGUCCCCAUCGACCCCGCUCUCGACUUGUUCGACUGGCCCAUCAAUGACUUCACCAUCAAUCAGAUGCAAAACGAACAGGCCAACGAGCACUUCCACCAGCAGUUUACGAACGAGGAGUUCACCCAUCACUUCAACCCUAUUGCCAACCAUAACGAGCAAUUGCCAAGACAGGAACAGCAAGUCGACGCUUAG